AUGAAGCCUUCCGACAUACCACCCGCAAACGAAGGUUUGUCAACAUUUACAUGCUUUCCACAUCUUCCUCCCGAGAUCCGCGAAAUGAUAUGGAAGUGCCUGAUCCCAGUGCAACGCCACCUGAGGAUAGAAGGCCGCUACGGAGAGCCAACCAAGAUUGGGUCUUUCUCAAUCUCUGAGGGAUUCUACCUCUCUCAAGUCUGCUUUGAGAGUCAAAAAGUCCUUCAUCGUGUUAUCGCAUAUGAGACUGCGAAAAAGGGCGACGAUGCUUCUAAUGAUGAACCUUUCGGCACAGUUCUCCUGACAACACUGGAUGACCCGUCACUGGAGAUCUUGUCUUCCCUAACAGCCGAUAUCGAUUGUAUUGCUGUACGAUGGCCCGUCGGUACAGGACAAGUGGAAGAGCUUCAUGCAGCUCUACACAAGAGGGUAGCUGCUGGUGGUCAACAGAUAAAAGCCAUCUACACUGGGAUAUCAUCGGAACUUCGAGGCGAGUUACGACACCGGAGGAAUCACUACAUGACACCACUCGCUGAUUUCGAAGUCAUGACCAAAGACGAUGCUGAAAUAUACCGGAACUCCAGGGACUUCUUAUUUUUUACACAAUCGAGGCUCGAAUACUACAUCUACGAAUCUCGGGAUUUUGAGAGGGCUUCAAAAGAGCUACGCUCGACCUGGGAGAGACUUCCUUCCAAGGACGGAAUCGCAGAACCGGUGAUAAAGCCAGGCUUUAUCUUGACUCGCGCAGCCAGAAUCCAUUGA